UGAUAACAUAAAUAGGAUGUCAUCUCCCCAACCUUCACUUUCAACUGGCAAGAUGUUCUGCACAAAGCUGACCACCGUUUCUCUUCUGCUUGGAACAUGGUGUUGGACAUCGGCUGCAGAGCUUUUCCAUGAAGUGGCGUGCCCAGGAGUCAACCCGAAGCUGAAGUGUCCCGAUGGAUUCAGAAUCGCAUUGAAGGGUGUAGACUACGGUUUGAAGGAGGAUGCUGACUGCUCUGCUCCCCAUCAGCGUGCCAAAGUCUCGACCGAGACAGGCUUUCAUCCUUUGUUCUUUGGUUGGGUGGGAUCUAUCUGUGAAAACGAAGAGUAUUGCCGCCUGCCAAAGCCCAACAUCACUAUGUUCAUACAAAAUUGGUCACCUGACAACUUCAUCCAAAUCUCCUACACUUGUGAACCAGAAACUGAAGGCACGAUGUCAAAGAUCUUGUGCGAAGGAGAAACUGAAACUCUCACAUGUGAGACUGGAGAGCUGGUGAUUCUGAAGGCAAAGUAUGGCCGCCUGGAUGAGAAUACCUGCACUGAAACGCCCUCAGAAAUGACUUUCUGUAACAGUGUCUCAGCUGCAGCUCGAGUUAUGGAUUGGUGUUACCAAAAUGGAUUUACUCACACAUGCACCAUUACAGCAAACAGCGAUAAUCUGGGAUCCCCACAGCCAUGCGAUACACUUCCAAAGUAUCUCUCUGUGGAUUAUAUGUGCGCUCAGGUGGACGUGUAGUAACCCAUCAGAGGCCAGAGUGGAGGAGUAACCAAUCACAGCUCUUUGCUCACCAGCAUGAAAGUACACUAGAUGUAGAAUGCUAAUAAAAAGAUUGCUCAGC